AUGGCAAAGGAAGUGGGUGUUGAAUUAGAAGGAUCCACGUUCGGAAAAGUCAUCUUUCUUGUUGUCUCUAAGCUUCCAGAUUUCAAAAAGCUUCGAGGUGAAAUUGCUAGGAAUUUGGAUUUGAAAUUAGAGAAUGGAAUGGAAGAAGUACCCCAUCACAAAAUAUUGGCCAAAAUCAAAGCAUUAAAAGAAAAACUUCUUAUAGUACUAGAUGAUGUGUGGAUGGAGUUUGAUCCCACAAAAGAGUUGGGGAUUCCUCCUCCCCACCUGCAGAAGGGUUGUACUAUAUUGAUAACCACCCGGAUUGAAGAGAUUUGUACAAAGAUGGAUUGCCAAAGAAACAUUCAUCUAGAUGCAUUGACUGAUAAGGACGCAUUGUCUCUUUUCCUCAAGCAUACUACUAGUUCCUCUAAUUUGGAGAGUUUGCCACUUAUUGUGGAGCACUGCCAUGGAGUACCAGUUGUAAUUGUUGCUGUAGCAAGAUCAUUAAAAGGUCGACCUUCUAGAGUUUGGAAGGAAGCCUUGAGGAACUUGCAAAGCGGUGAGCCAAUAUUUAAGGUUCGUGAUGAUGAUUUAAAAGGGGUCUAUGAAGGAAUGGACCAUUUUGGGGAAGUUGAUAACUACAAUGAAAGAAGAAGAAAAGUACUUGAUGCUAUAGCGGAACUCCUAGGUUCUUCUUUAUUAUUGGAUGCGGGGAGGGAAUGUGUAAAGAUGCAUGAUUUAGUUCAUGAAGUAGCCUUAUUAAUAGGAGAAAAGGAUGUUCAAUCUGUCAUUGAAUCUAAACAGCCUAAAAAGGGCUUGCAAUGUUUAUUUUGGAAAAGCAAUUCUUUUCCAAGAUACUUUGAUGGUAGAAACCUUGAGGUUUUACUUUGGGUUCUAGAUGACUUAGAGGAUUUGGAAGUCCACGAUACAUUCUUCACAGAGAUGAAAAAGCUCAAAGUUUGGUUUCUAUGGAGUGAAGCUCUCUAUCAAAUUUCAGCUCCAUCACUAUUUUCAUCAAUUCAGUCAUUUCAAAAUAUUCAAACUCUCAAGAUAGGAAAUUUUGCAUUAUGCGACAGCAUCUCUAUGUUGGGAAGGUUACCAAAUCUUGAGAGUCUGUGGUUUGAUCAUUGUUUAAUUAUUAAAUCACCUGGAGAAAAUUUUGAGCUAGAGAAGUUGAGAUUCUUAGGGAUAGAAAAUUGUGAUAUCAAUAUGAGUAAUCCUUUUGAACUGAUUGAAGCAUGCCCAAAGCUAGAGGAGCUGACUUUUUUGAGAAAUCUGUAUGAUGAGAAGGAAAUAGAAAAUACAAUUUCUCAUAAAGCAUCUUUUCAUACAUUACAGAUAUACCAAAUAUCUUGUGAUGGUCAGGAUGAAUUUUUAGAUUAUUUUGAGCAAUGUGGUCCCCUGUCAAGAUGCUUUAAGCCAAGACAUUUAAGGCAUUUAAUCUUUGAGGCAACAUUCAAGCAACUUGCUAAAACAGCUGAGGUUCUCAUCUUAGAUGGUUAUGGAGAAACAAAACAGAAAAAUCUAAUCCCUGAUAUUGUUCUAGUAAACAACAGAGGCAUGACUACUUAA